UGCAGCUUGAAGCAUGGUCCAAGCCAUGUAAAUCCACUUUCUGGAAGAAGAACUGCACGGACGACCUAUGGCUGCCUACAAAACUCAAGUCCUGCCACUUUGAGAGCUUAUUCACAGGGGUGUUUCUCGGAAAACCUGAAACGAGGAGGAAACUUUCUGGUAUGGCUAAUGUGAUCCUAAUAUUCUUCUGUGAUAUAGUUUAUCUGGGCAACCAAUUGGUCGAUGGUGAGAAAUUUGUUGUGUCGCAACAAACGUGGGAUAAUUUACUCUUAAAUCAAUCACAGUUUUAGACGAAGUUGUCUGAAAUCUAUUAUUUUAUCUCUGAAAAAUACAUUUCUCCCUGUCUGUUUGGAUUGGAUUUCCUCUUGGAAUCCAUUACAAAGACUCUGCACCUGCUGAUCUGAAAAGCUUUUUUUUUUAAAGUAUAUAUUUGGAAAUCAAAGCUCUAACAGAUACAUCCGUUACUAUGAAUGAGGGGGAGGCCGAAAUUUCUAAGGAGAAAGACUGGAAAGAUCUGGAGCCCAACUAUGCCAUUAAAAUCUUCCUCACCGUCCUGUACAGCCUCAUCCUGCUCACAGGCAUUGUGGGUAAUGGAGUCACCAUCCAGGUGAUGCAGGUGCUGCAGCAUAAUGGCUACAUGCAGAAGUACGUGACGGACCACCUGGUGAGCCUGGCGUGCUCCGACCUUCUGGUCCUCCUCAUAGGCAUGCCCGUGGAGCUCUACAGCGCCACAUGGUUCCCCUUCACCUCCACCUCGGGUGACGCUUCCUGCAAGAUCUAUAAUUUCCUGUUCGAAGCCUGCAGUUAUGCCACCAUCUUGAAUGUGGCGACACUCAGCUUUGAACGCUACAUGGCCAUUUGCCACCCAUUCCGCUUUAAGGCCCUGGCAGGAGAGCGAACAGGGGGCCUCAUUGCUCUCGCCUGGGUCACGUCUGUGUUCGUGGCUAUCCCGCUGCUGUUCACCACGGGAAUGGAGGGCCACGUCAUAGAGCCAGACGUUGGGCCAGUCCAGAACCUGACAUUCUGCACCAACCUGAGGGAGAGGUGGGGGGUGUACAGGGCCAGUAUCUUUGUGGCGUUCAUCGUGUACAUGGUGGUGCUGGUCAGCGUUGGGGUCAUGUGUCGGGGCAUGAUCCUGGUCCUUCAGAAAACCAUGAGGCCCAUGGGAGGAGGGGUCAACGGAGCAGAGGGCACACCAAAACACGAGAGUGCCCGGGUCAAAGCCGCCAAGAAGCAAACCAUACUUUUUCUAGGUUUAAUAGUGGGCUCCCUCACCGUCUGCUGGCUUCCCAACCAGGUGCGUCGCCUGAUGACCGCCGCCGUGCCCAAGUCCAGCUGGACCAUGCCCUACUUCCGCAGCUAUGUGGCGCUGCACCCUGUGGCUGACACCUUCUUUUACCUCAGCUCCGUGCUCAACCCCUUCCUGUACAACCUCUCCUCCAGCCAAUUCCAACAGGUCUUUGUCCAGGUGCUGCGCUGCCACCUCACCAUUGAGCAUGUCAACAAACGGACUCUGAGGAGCUCAGAGGAAAACUCGACCCGCUCGUUGCGGCCCCUGCUAAAGUCGCUGCGUUGUGGUCAUGGCGGCAGGUCUACUCAGACUCAGAGCAUGGAGUUCAAGAUGCCUACGUUCACUACCUUACAUAUUCGUAAGGACACUCCAGCUCCCAGCCCUGAGGAGGCCCUUCCCACAACCGAUGAAUCACGCUCGAUUUCGGUGCGAAAGGGAAAUGAGCCUGAUGAGACUGAAAUAUAAUGCGACACAUUCGGUGCUUUGAAGAUUAUUCAAAUCCGAACGAGAUGAUCCGAUCACUAUCUGAUUGAGAUUUGUUGCUUCGACACAUGGUAAUAACAUUUAGUCCGUAUUGUGACCAGAUUCCCUGGUUCCCUCCCUGUAUGCAAAUUAAUCCAACCUGCCGAUAUGACAUAAACUGUACAAAUCGACAAAACAGCGCACUUUUAUAGUCAAUAGUUUUAUACUCUCAUCAUUACAGCCUAAUUUUGUUAUCCACAGUUCAAGACUGAGCGUAAUAGCCCACUGGGCAAACCACGUCAUUUCAACGUGGAUAAUUGGGUAAUAUUUGGUUGAGACGUUGAUCAAUGAGAUUGCAACCUUUAUUCAUCCACUCCAAAGACAGUCAAAAGUUAGUUGAAUUUCCAGUGUGUUAUCACUAUGCUUUCAACCAUCUGCAAUCGGGUUCAUGUUAUCAAUCAACCAACCAGAGUUCCAAAGCCUGGGCCUAAAAUUGUGUAUAAAUUAUCAUUUUGCAAUGACAUCGAAGAUGUGAAAAAUAUUUGUUCGUCUGAUGAGUGUAAUGAGGAACAUCCUGAAUUUGCACUUGAAGCAUUUAUGAAACGACUUCGUCUGGUUAAUGAUAGGCAUGCGCCCAUCAAGAAACACUGUUAGAACUGAUAAAUCCCCAUGCCUAGAUGAUUAAAUGAAAAACUGUAUGUCUGAGGGGGAUGAGGCAAAGGGAAUAGCAAAUAAGUCUGACAACACAGCAGACUGGCAAACAUACAAUAAAUUGAGAAAUCACAUAACUAAACCGAAAGACGAAUAAACUAUACUAUGGAAUAAAGAUAAAUGAUAUAAAGAAUGAUAGUAAAAAGCUCUGGAGAACUUAAAAUGAAAUUCUAGGCAAAAUAGCAAACUCAGCUCCAUACUUCAUUGAGGCAGGUGGCUUGUUCAUAGCAAAACCUUUUGGGGCGGCGGGGUAGCCUAGUGCUUAGAGUGGUGGACUAGCAACCGGAAGGUUGCAAGUUCAAACCCCCGAGCUGACAAGGUACAAAUCUGUCGUAACCCACUGUUUCUAGGCCGUCAUUGAAAAUAAGAAUUUGUUCUUAACUGACUUGCCUAGUUAAGUAAAGGUACAUAUAAAACCUACCAGUUAGAACUUUAAAAAAAAGAUUUGCAAACAUAGGCAUGACAUGCAAACAACAAAUGCUGAGCCUUCACAUUUAUGCAUAAUGGACCAAAUAAUGAAAGAUGAACACUGUAGUUUUGAGUUCCACAAUUUGGGUGUGGAAGAGGGGGAUUUUUUUUUCUUCCUAUCUAUAAAUAAAGACAAACCACCUGGUAUCGACAACCUGGAUGGUAAAAUUGCUGAGGUUGGUAGCGAAAUAAAUUGUGACUCCUGUUUGCCACAUCUUCAAUUUAAGCCAAGAAGACUCAGACAUGGAGGGAGGAAAAGGUCACUCAUCUACUCAAGAAGAGCAGAACACCCUUUAAUGGUUCAAACAGCUGACCAAUUUACAAGUGCUUAGCAAACUGACACAAAUGACUGAUGAUUCGCUGAAUUCAAAUUGUGAUUCAUUUCAGGAAACUAGGCAUACUUCACAGGAGAGCCAUUUGAAUGUAAAACCUUUUUUUUAUUUUUUAUCAAAAUGCGUUUUUGGGCAGAAAUGCCUUCUGGAACAUGUGAAAUUUUGUGUGCCU